AUUUAAGGUUUUGACAAGCUGCGGACCAGUCGCGCCGUACAGUGACGUGUCUGUUUUAGCCGAUUAGCCGAUUUAGCUAAACUCGUCAGGCAACAUAAUUUCAACUCUUAAAUAUUAUUCGUAAUAUAAACUCGGGGUUGAAUACAUGGUAUGAUGGUGAAUUUAACAAAUUCUUAUGGUUUUUUUUUCUUAUGGUUUUUUUUUUUUUUUAUACAUAAUGAUCGCAGAGAGUGGCGAGUAACAGUUCAGUUGUGUUUAGCUUAGCUAGUUAGUACUUAUAUUUAACUAGUUAAACAUGAUCCCCUUUUAAAUGAUAUUCAAGUUAAAUACUUACCUAAAUUAGCCUACUCCGAAACCAAGAUAUUUUAAAUUGGUGGCUGUCUUAUAUUUUCUAGAUGAUUAUUAUUACCACAUUUUCAGAGAAUACAACUUGAAAUAUAUUGAAGAAAUGAUAUUCUUAUAAUUGACAUGAUGUUUAGAGUUGUCUAUAGUUUCCCCCAUUAAACAGGCACAAAAGCAGGAUUCUGUUGGUAAAUGGCAGAAGGUGAGAACAACUCAGCUGGGGUUUUAGGAGAAGAGGAGGAAGAAGAGGAGAGUGAAAAUGCAGGGGACUCUGAUUUCCUUCUGGAACUUAGUGUAUUUCGGGCUCAGUGGAUGUCAGAACUGAAGCCCACCUCAGGGUCAAGUGGAUCACAGAAAGGACCCUUGCGAUAUGCAGACUUGAAGAAGAAGCAAGAUCUGGCACGAGAAGAGCAGGCCAGAGAGUUGUUCCUUAAAGCAGUGGAGGAAGAGCGAAAUGGAGCUGUUUAUGAAGCUAUUAAGUACUAUCGCAGGGCAAUGCAACUUGUGCCUGACAUUGAAUUUAAAAUCAACUACUGUCGCACCCCUGAUCCGGAUGGAGUUGGCAGCAACUACAUGGUGGAGAAUGAAGGGCAUGGGGAAGUGGCCGACCUGCUGGCUAACUUCCAGCAGCAGCUCAUUCUCCAGGACAUGUCUCAGAAGAUAUGUGAGCCAGAAGUUGAGAUGACCCAAACUCACAUUUCGGCUCUGCCUUUGGAAGUGAUGAUGUACAUUUUCCGCUGGGUGGUGUCCAGUGAGCUGGAUCUGCGUGCCCUGGAGCAGCUCUCUCUGGUGUGCAGGGGCUUCUAUGUGUGUGCCAGGGACCCUGAGAUAUGGCGCUCCGCCUGUCUGCGGGUGUGGGGACGAACCUGCACUAAAAUAGUGCCAUUCAAUUCCUGGAGGGAGAUGUUUCUUGAGCGACCUCGUGUGCGCUUUGAUGGUGUGUACAUUAGUAAGACGUCUUACAUCCGCCAAGGCGAGGAAUCGCUGGACGGAUUCUACCGUGCUUGGCAUCAGGUUGAGUACUACAGGUACCUGCGCUUCUUCCCUGAUGGCCAAGUCAUGAUGUUGACCACGCCAGAGGACCCUCUUGUCACUGUUCCUCGCUUGAGAAGCAGAAACUGCAGAAUUGAUUCGGUCCUGUUUGGUCACUAUCGUCUGUCCCAGGACACAGACAAUCAAACCAAAGUUUUUGUUGUUGUUUCGAAGAGAAAGGAGGAGCAGAAGGUGGCAGAGUACCAGAAGACCCGGUUCUGCCGGCGGAACCUGACACCUGAACCGGAGCGUAGCUUCCACGUCGGGCUGCAGCUGUCCUCUGGAGGGCGACAGCGCUUCAACAAGCUGGUGUGGAUCCACCACUCCUGCCACAUCACAUACAGAUCAACCGGAGAGACGGUGAUCACUGCUUUCGACAUGGACAAGAUGUACACUCCUUUCUUCUUCGCUCGAGUGAAGAGCUACACCGCUGUCUCGGAGAGGCCCCUGUAGCCCGAGGCCCGUUACGCAAUGCAUGUGUUCACUUUGAGGUUUACACGUACACACGCAUGAGCGCAGACACACACGUGCGCACACCAAAACAACUGCACCUGACUCUGCCCUUUUUUUAUGCUGGAGUAUAAUUUUGAUGAAUGUAUAUUGGUAAUUGAGUACUUUUCUCUGCUUCCUACUUAAUUUUUAAACCUUUGAAGUUUUAUGUCCUAUACUUGUAAGUGUAAGAUGUCCUUGGGUACUUUCAUGUGAAUAUUUUUUUUCCUCUUUUUCUCAUUGAGCAAUAUGUAUGGCAGCAUAAAUUAUCACACAUAGAGAGCAUCAGAAGUUCUUCAUCCUUCAAAAACUAUCCUGGUGGACAGGAUGGAAAUGUCUAGAAUUUGAGUUUGUGUGUGUGUGGGUUAUUUUGUUUUCUUUUACCUUCUCUUCCCAAAACUUUAUAAGGAAUGUGUUAAAUUAUUUUUUGUAAAUGCUUUAAACCUAAAUUCCAGCGUAGAAAAAUUGGCAUAAUGUAAUAACUGGAACGAUUAAAAAUUAGUUUAAACUCAAAA